UCUUCUGUAAAAACUCUGUUGUCGUAGGCAUUGGAAGAUCCAUUUUCUUGGUAUUUUGUGGCUCGCCUGUAAGAAACAAAAAAAGAAUUUAAGGUGAAAAUAAAAAUUCAGGGUAUAAAGAAUUAGAAAAUAAAUUCAUCAAGCAAUAAUUAAGUAGUUGGAUAACAAGAGGCCCAUGGGCCACAUCGCUCACAUGAGUCAGAUUGCCCUUGCUGUUAUUCAGCUAUUGUGAUUUUUGAAAGAUUUUUGCAAUCUUUAUUCCCAUGAAUUUUUUUUUUAUUGUAACCUCAACUUAGCCCCAUUAAGGUCACGAUAUAACCAUGACACAAUGUCACAAGAUGAAAGAAAAAUCAUGUAUGAAAUGCAAGGUCUUGUCAUUAGGACGGUCUAUAAACAAAAUUGCUUAGGUUAACUUUCCUAAUAUGUAGGUCAAAAUCCAAGGUCAAGGUUACAGGGUCAAAACUUUUAGUACAAAAAGAAAGGUAUUGUCACAAGGAAUAAAAAUAUAAAAAAUGAGAGCCCUAUAUCACUCUCCAUUCAAAAGUUAUGCGCAAGGUUCAAGUUUUGUAGAAAGAUAGAGCAAAAAACAUACCCCCCCCCCCUUUUUUUUUAGUCAUGCGGCAUAAAAGAUUGAGCCAACACAACUUACAUACAUGGGAGCAUUUGCAUUCUCCAAAUCUACAAUACCUGGAAAAAGCUUGCAAAUAUGACUAAUCAUGACCCAGCUGUUAUUGAGAAAAAGAUUUUUGAAAUUGUCUUUACUACAUACAUGUAUUCCCAUGUAAACUUUGAUUCUCUGUUGUGGCCUUACCCCAUCCCCGGGGACCACAAUUUUAAACUUGAAUCUGCAUUACCUAGGAAUGCUUGAGUAAUCAUGACCCUGUUGUUCUUGAGAGGAUUCUAUAUACAGUAUUCCCAUGUAAAACAGUGAUCCCCUAUUGUGGCCCCAUCCUAUCCUCGGGGGUUAUGAUUUGAACAAACUUCAAUCUACACUACCUGGGGAUGCCUGCAAAUCAUUAUGAGUAUUCAUGACCCUGGUAUAAUAUUCCCAAAGAUUUUUCUCUUAUAUUCUCAUUUAAAAGUUUGAUCCCUAUUGUGGUCUCACCCUACCCCUGUGGGCUACAAUUUGACCAAACUUGAAUUUGUAAUACCUGGGAAUGCUUGUAUAUUCAGGAGCGUCGGCAUGUGUUUGACAUUGGGGAGGCGAACUGGAUCGAAAGGGGGGGGGGGUCUAAGUAUAAGUAACAUGUGUUGACUUAUAUUCAGAUUUCCACCUGAAUCUUGAUAUUCUUUUUCUAUUCUGUCAAUGCCAUAAAGACACCACCUGAUAAUACUUAUAAGCCAGACCCCACUUUCAUAUGUAACAAACUCAGAAAGACAAAAAUAAUAAUAAAAAUUCCAAUCACUUGUAAGAUGUUAAUUACUUAUGAACUGAAACUCUUAAUUUGCAGACACUAGGAAUUUGAUGAAGCAAUAUUUAAUAACAAUUUCAUAUUGGCAUCAUUGACAUAUCAAUCAUUUCAUCACAAUAUUCAGAUUUUUAAUUAAGCUUAAGAUAUAUCAUGAUCUUUUGCCUGAAAAUAAGAGAAAGAAAUGAAGAUUUAAAAAUAUUUUCCAAAUAUCGUGUUUAGUGUAAUUGACGUAUUUGAACCACAGUGGCUGGGCCCAAAACGGGCUUAGCCCCUGUGAUCAGAGUAGAUAAAAUGUAAUAGUUUGAUACUUUGUCAUAUAAUGCAACCAUUCGUAAACCAAAGGGGUUGAAAGAAUACAAUUCUGGAUCCUUCUUAAUUGUCGAAACAACGCUUAGGAAAUAAAGAUAAACAGGCUGAUCAAUACUUGUUAAUCCCUCCAUUUUCAAAAAGCUUCCAAACAUAUGUAAGCCCCUUUUAUUGUUUACACCCGUCAGGUACAGAUACACAGACAUACAUGUACAUCCCAUUUUGGGUCUGAGCAAACAAUAGCUUUCACACUUGUCGCUCCAUUGACCACAGAUCGCCGUUAUACUCGCCGCUCAAAUGAGUAGAUAUCGCCGUUACAAAGUUGUUAAUUUCGUAUGUUGUUUUUUAUUUAUUCAUUUUUAUUUUUUAUUUACUUAUUUAUUUUUGUAAAAUUAUUGGGGCGGCAAAUGCCGCCCCUGAUGUUCUAUAUAUAUAUCCUUUUCUCCCGUAAUUCGAAAGUUCCGUGACUGUCCGUGUUUUGCAAACCGCGAUUCUCCAUACGUAACAAUGGGAUGACGUCAUGCAGUAUUACGUCACGACAUUUCCUUUGUUGCUACAACAAGGUGUAUCUGGCAAAGCGCAGUGAGUAGACUUUUUUCCUUAAAUUGUGUAUCACACGAAAGCUCGGGGAUCCAGACCGCAUUAUUUGUAGUUUAGUCUGCGAUCUCCUACUUUUGUUGACUUGGUGGCCAAAUUUACAGUGUACAUGUAACAGCUAACUCUAUUUAUAUGCAACUAAAUUUAUUUCCUCCAUGAUUCUAGAUCUGAAACUGAUAGGACUGAUAUUGAAAAUGGACUCCCCCAUUUUUGACAUCGCUGGAGAUAACAAACAGGAGAUGAGAGAGUUUGUCGGUCGGAAGAAGAUCCUGAAAACUAUCGAGAGGAUUGAAAUUAUCAAAGAAAAACACGCAGGCGUCAACAUGUUUCUGCCACCAUGGGCGACAGACGCCUAUUUCGAAUCCCUUCACAAACAAGAGACAAAGGAACAUUUUGGUAGAGAGGCUGGUGAAAAUCGCCUUGAUACCGAAAAGGAUAGCCCACAGCGCCAUAUAGCUUCACAAACAGACAAGGAUGACGAACAAAUCCACGUAGCAACAGAGUUGGCCAUAAACAAAGGGACUAAGAACUUCCACGUGCAGGAAAACAGACCUGAGGAUGACAGCGAGGAUGACAAUGAAGAUGACACUGAAGAUGACAAUGAAGAGCCUCUGCCAUGGAAGCUGUUCUUGUUCAACAUUAACACUUUAAAGAUCCCGAUUCAGGACAGAGAAAGGUACACUACCGAAGAACUGGAAGACGUCACAGAACCGUCCUUGCCAGGCAGUUCUCUUGUCAACAAUGCUAAACCUGUGCCUAAACCCAAAAAGCGCGGACUUGGAAGAAGACUGCUGAAGUUUCUGGGAGUGAAAUAAAACACGUGUGAAUGAACAUGAAUACAAUGCAAAUCCUUUUUAAGUUUUCUGUGUUAUAUCUAAAAAAGUUUGGAAAUAAUGUUCUUAAUUAGAUUAAAUAUUUUUAACUUUAUCAACA